CAGAGGGCGUCUAGCGGGUCAGGCCGGUUGCCAAGGGCAUUUUCCAAGACUCAUCAGUCCCCAUGUCACCCCUUGAGGUGGUGUCUAGUCCCGCGAUGGCCCCGGUUGCCCUCCUGCCACGCCCGAUGUCGCGGCUGGACUUCCUCAAGGCCUCACACUUUGCACUGGGGCCGGACCCGCGGCUGCACGUGGACGCCAUGCACCCCACGUCGCACCAGCACUUCCCGGCCUACCCGGGCGUCGCGCGCGCGCUGCCGUGCCAGGAGCCGCCCCGCGGGUCCCUCUUCCAACGGGACGCGCGCGCGGCCGGCGCGGAGCUCAGGUCGGAGGCGCACCGCGCGUUCGCGCCACCGGCGCCGCAGCCGUCCGCGCCGUCGGGGACGCGGGAGCGCACCCUCGCCAUGCAGGCCAGCAACUUGCGCGUGUUCGCGCCCGCGCGCCCCCGCACCGGCCUCUCCACCGCGCGCGCCGACUUCGGCUGGCCCGACCUGCCGGCGCGCGCGCGCGAGCAGAUCCGCGGCGCGCGCCUCAUCUUCGACCGCGACUCGGUGCCUCCAGGCGACCGAGCCAAGAUGCGCAUCCCGCCCACCACCUACCAGGAGUUUUUCCCGCCCCGAGACGCGUGCCCGCGACCCCGCGCGCCCUGCAGCCACUUCGGGGGCGUCAACACACUCCAGCGGGACCACAGGAAACAGGACAAUGGGACCUCCUACCAGAGACAGUUCCAGGCCCUGCCAGGCCCACCUGCCUCGAUGUGUAAGAGGGCCUCCUCCAGUGUGGAGCUGGGAGACUUCAAGAUGGGCUAUGGGCCCACGUGCUCGGAGCAGAAACAAGCCUACGGGCCCCAGGGUCUGCCCCCAGCCAGGUAUGACAAGGCCCGGGCCUCAGCCCACAUCCACCAGGUGAAUAUUCGUCCUGGCGAUGGCCUCUUCCAUGACAAGACCACCAGGGCUGAAUACUUCUACCCCCGAGAGCCAGAGCGCUUUGUUCUUCACCACGACCAGACUCCGGCAUCGCACAUCCUGGAAGGCAAUGGGUGCCCCGGCCCAGGCAGCCUCACCACCUCCACGCGCUUCUUCCACGGCCAGCCACCGCCCGGGAACAAGCCAUCCAGCCGCCACGUGCCUCACGAGACACUGAAGAGUCACGUGGGCCUAGGGGAGUCCUCGCUGCUCGGACAGUUCUUCCAGACCUCCACGGGCACGGACUAUUGCUUCCCAGGCACCGUACAGAAGCCGCAGCCAACUCCCAGUCUCUACUUGCUGGCUAGCAACCUGCCCCAGGGCACCGGCGAAACAGACUUUUUAACCAUGAACCAGAAGAUGCUGAAACCGCACAGAACAGCUCCGGCCUCCAUGACUGAAGAGAUGCUACAGCGGUGCAAGGACAACCACGCUGAGCCCCCGCUGGGUGGACAGCACUUCUUCUCCACCCAACACAAGGAUGAGUUUGCCUUCAAGUUCCAGGGCCCAACAGUGCUGAGAUUGGCCAACCUCCAGGACAGCCAUGUGCCCCUGGGCUCCCCCCACCAGUGGGGUUGUGGGGCUGGGAAGGUAGACCCUCGGGCCCCCCAGCUCCCUACCUACCCAUGCCCUAGCCAGCAAUAAACACUGCCUUGGCAACAUCUCACCCUC